AAGUGUUAGCCCAGAUCUUUUUGAUAGUAUCGGCGAGCUCUUAAACAGCAAAGAUCGUUACCGAUAUUGGUUGGAAAACCAUUUGCUCACCAGUCAAUUUAAAAAAGCUUUGCCAACCUUUAUUUGGAGUCACUUUAUACGAACAAUUGAUCAAGACAAACGUCUUCCAUUAGUUAUCUCAUCCGCUUUGAAGAACGGCAGUUAAUCGCCUCUAGACUGGGAAAGAACACUUGAAACCUUSGCAUGAGUUCCAAAGGAACAUGGAUUCUUUUUCUACUACUUCACUCUUGUCAAAAAGGCGUCAGUAUAAAAACUUUAUUAAUCGGCGGAUUAUUUGGGAUCGACACGAGUCGUGGGGGUUGGAAUUCGGCUGGAAUMAUCCCAGCUGUUCAAAUGGCGUUUGAUGAUAUAAACAACCGUACAGACAUCCUUAAUGGUUACAGUUUGGAUCUGGAUAUUAAAGAUACCAAGUGCAAUAUAGGUGAAUCAGUUAGGGCGUUAGUGGAAUAUAUAUCCAAUGGUCGACCCAAGCUAAUGCUAUUGGGACCUGGAUGUUCGAAAGCUUCCUUUCCUGUAGCUGAGGCAGCUCAUUACUGGAAUAUCUUACAGAUUGGCUUCGCGAGUGCGUCUCCGUUGUUUUCACAAAAGUCGACGUACCCUCUGUACUUCAGGACAAAUCCUUCAGAGCAUCCUGCAAACUUGGGUCGUGUUUCCAUCAUCAAACGCUUUAAYUGGAAGAAAGUAGCCAUCUUGCAGAUGAAUAAUGACGUAUUUACAGGCAUAACGGACUCACUAGCGAGUCUUCUCAAGCAAAAUAAUAUCAGUAUUGUGGCGUAUGAAAGCUUCUCACAACAUCCAAGAAUCGCGAUUGAAAACUUAAAGAAAAAGGAUGCUAGAAUUAUCUUUGGUUUCUUCUAUAUAAGAGAGCUUUACAUGGUGUUUUGUGAGGCCUUCAAGCAAGGUCUGUAUGGAMGGAAGUACGUAUGGAUAGUAGUUUCUGGGAGAUACGAGGGUAAAUGGUGGCAUGCACAGGACGUUUCUAAUAUUAAUUGCACAAGUCAUGAAGUACGUCAAGGAAUGAGCAACAUACUUGGUACUGGCGAGAUAAAGUUGAGUACCAGCAAACAGCCCACCGUUUCUGGCCAGAUCCCUUCCAUGUGGUACUCUAGAUAUCUGAAUCGUACAAAGGAAGCCAGGUACGGAGUGAAUAUAUUUGCUUCGUAUGGAUAUGACGCUGCCUGGACAUGCGCAUUAGCUCUAAAUGCGUCGAUAGAAAUCCUCUCUAAAGCUGGAUUAAGACUAGAGGACUUUAAUUACACAAACACAAACAUGAGAAAGGUGUUUGUAGAUGUCAUGAAGCAGACUUCUUUUAUGGGAAUGACGGGCCACGUCCGCUUUGAUGAGAACUUUGAUCGUAUCACACAGCUUGAAAUCAAACAACUUCAAGGAGACGAAGAGAAGCGUGUUGCGCUUUACCAUAUGGAAUCAAAUAAAUACAUCGACGAAGCAAACACAAAAUAUCAAUGGAUAGGAGGCCAUAUACCAGUAGAUUCCCUGUCCGUUAGCACAAAGGAAAGAACGGUCCCUGAUUGGUUAUUUUGGCUUGUUGCCAGCUUUUCCCUGGCAGGAAUCGUCUUAGCGGUUGCUAUGUUAGUUUUCAACAUUCACAACAAAAAAAUUCGAUACAUCAAGAUGUCUUCCCCAAAUCUCAACAACGCGCUGAUUGUUGGUUGUAUAUUCAUCUACGUCGGGGGACUGAUCAAUGGUUACUAUGGCAAUUGGUUCAGCAUAUUUUGUGAGAUUGAAUUAUGGAUUAUAACGCUGGGCUUCACGUUAGCUUUCGGAGCUAUGUUCAGUAAAACCUGGCGAGUGCAUCAGAUUUUUCUCGGCUCAAAGAAAUCAAACAAAAGGGUUAUCAUACCCGAUAGACAGUUGUUUUGUUUACUUGGGUUUUUGUUAUUGAUUGAUUUAAUUAUACUACUUACCUGGCAAAUUAUGGAUCCUUUGAUUGAAACAAAGCAAGAAAUGUCCAUGGAGGUGUUUGGUGACGAGGCUGUUUUACCUUAUGUCAGAAAAUGUAAUUGUCAACACAUGGUGAUCUGGAAGUCAAUACUGCUGGUUUAUAAAGGAUUAUUGUUACUAUUUGGAGCAUAUCUUGCCUGGGAGACACGUAAGGUMCACAUAGAAGCACUCAACGACAGUAAGUUAAUUGGCAUGUGUAUAUACAACGCUGUUGUGCUGUUUACCGCUGUCGUUCCCGUGCAGUCUGUUCUGGAAUCCGAACCGAUGAUUUCCUUUGCUUUACUAAAUGGUUUGACGAUCCUAUCAACCACAUUUACCAUUUGUGUGGUUUUUAUACCCAAGAUCAUAUUUUUGAGAAAAAAUGAUGGMAAUGACAUUCAAGCUUGCACUGGUAACUCGAGUAAAGAAGAGAAAUACAGCUGUGAAGUGUCGCGUGGAACAUCAGCUGUGGAAAUAUCUCAAGGAGAGAAAGUCACUAGUGACACAACAAUUGAACUUUAAUCCAAAUUAACUAUUUACACUUUACUCUUAACCUUACCCCAUGACAUGGAAUCAAUCCGGAGCGUUCAGUUCCAGAUUCCAGAUUCCAGAUUCCAGAUUCCAGAUUCCAGAUUCCACAUUCCACAUUUCACAUUCCACAUUCCUCAUUCCAAUUCCUGGAUUCUGGAUUCCAUGGAUUUCGGAAGUAUUCUAAAUUCUACCAAAUUGGCUUCAAAAUGCAAAACAUCCUAGCUUUUGUCGUCAGUGAUUCGUUUACAAUUCGGAAACAUUUGAAGUCGGCUAAUUAGGAUUUGGGAUUCUUCUUUUUAUAUCGUGUUUAUCCUAUUCCAUUUCCACUGGAGCGGAUCCGGAUUCCAGAGCAAACAUUUGGACGGAUUCCAAGUUAUAGCUGUCAUGUUGCAUGUAAAUACUGAGCGCCAUUUACUUCCGAAUUUUCUUGUUUAUUCAACCAAGAACUUGGCAGCGAUCGAAAGUUUUKCUGUAUUUGACAUACCUGGCAUACUGUAUAUAAAAUAAUUAACGAAAGUUUCAAAAUAUAACAAUAACGUAAAUGAAUCGUGGGCAUUGUGCUGUGAUAGCAGAAACUGGAUGCUCCGAGAAACAAAGAAUUGCCCGAGAACGCMGCUCUAUUGUUUUCGAUAUUCAACAAGAAAACUUCAGGAGUUUUGAAAGAUGCUGCUGGAAUGAUUAAAGGCAAAAAUUCUUCAUUCAAUAGACACCUUGCAGUUCGUGUGAAUGCAAUUCCAACUGGAGGACAAAUGAAUAGAUUCUAGUUCCCAAAAGGGCAAAACUCUUUUGUUUUGUCCUCCAGAUGAAGCUGCUUUGACGUCACAUACAAGGGGGUCUAUAAUUCAAAUAACAAAAUGACAGUACAUAAAGCCAGACUGGAUCUCAACCCCAGUCGAAAAUAUCAAUAUUGUACAUAAUUUUUAUUAUUAAUUAUUAAUUUUAAUUAGUUUAAAAACUUUUUGUAUCACGUMAAAGAAAGCAAGGCCUUUCUUCGUGUUUGUAUUCAGUAGCAGCAUGCUGUUUAUUUCAACUGAUGAUUAAACACAACAAUCUCA